AUGGAGCCGGCGGGGAGCGUGCUGCAGGGCAAGGGCUUCGAGGGCCGGGCGUGGGCGCUGGGCCGGCUGGCGCGGAGCCUGGAGGGGGGCGGCGGCGGCGGCGGGGUGCUGGUGACGGGGGGCCCGGGCAGCGGCAAGACGGCCCUGUGCAGCGAGGCGCUGUGGCCCACCUCGGAGGCCGGGCGGCGGGCGGCGCUGGCGGAGAGCGCCCUGGCCUGGCACUUCUGCCAAGCCCACGACGCCCGCACGCGCGCCCCCCGCGCCUUCCUGCGCCGGCUGGUGGGGCAGCUGCAGCGCUGCCCGCUGCUGCCGGCCUACCGGGAGCAGCUGAGGCACCUGGACGCCUGGCGGGCCCUGCAGGCCCCCGAGUGCACGAAGGACCCCGACGAGGCCUUCCGCAGAGCGGUGCUGCUGCCUUUGCUGGACCUGCCGCCCCCUGCCAAGCCGCUGCUGCUGCUGGUGGACGCCCUGGACGCCGGGGGCCAGCACGGCCGGGACGAGGAGCGCGCCCCUCCACCGGGGCCCAGCCGCACGAUCGCCCGUCUCCUGGGGGGCCACCUCCAGCUGCUGCCCCCCUGGCUGCUGCUGGUCUGCACCGCCCGUUCCCACAGCAAGGGGGUGCUGCGCCUCUUUCCCGGCUUCCGGCGGCUGUGCUUGGAUGACCUGCGGCGGGACUCUGUGGUGUGCGAUGUGCAGCAGUACAUCCUGGCCCGGCUGGACCGGGAGGAGGCUCUCCGGCGGCACCUCACGCGUGACACGGCAGAGGCCCUGAGCCAGCUGCACAUCAAGAGCAACGGCUGCCUGCUGUACCUGGAGCGGGUGCUGGACGGCGUGGCGGGGGAGCUGGUCACCCUGCGGGAGGUGCGCCAUAUUCCGGGCACCCUGUACGGACUCUACCUCUGGCUGUGCCAACGCCUCUUCCCCGGGCACGAGUUUGCUGCCGUCCGCCCCUUGCUGGAGGCCCUCCUAGCUGCUCCCCGUCCUCUGGGGCCCGCAGAGCUCUAUGCUGCCGUCUGGACUCGCCGGCCUGUGUCCCGGGAGGAGUUUGAGGGGUGGCGGGCGUCCCUGGCAGCGCUGGUGCACAACGGCCCCGGCGGCACCUGCCUCCUCUUCCACGCCAGCUUUGCCGAGUGGCUGUGUGACGUCAAGCACUGCACCCAGAAGUACCUCUGCUGCCCGGCCCGCGGGCACGCCUUGCUAGCCAUGAGUGCCUCCUGCCGGGCACCGCAGCUGAGCCCGGAGCAGGUCCACGAGCUGGCCCGCCACCUGCUCUACGCCGAGCUGGGCAUGGAGCCCUGGCAGCUGGCCCUGUGGCUGGUGUGGUGCGGGGCGCCUGUGGAUCGCUGCUUGGAGCUGGAGGAGCUUCUGCUGCCCCUGGAGCCACCUGUGCUGGAGCUGCUGGUGCUGGCAGGGGCCCGCCUGGGGGACCAGGGACCGGGGCCCUCCUUGCAGCACGCCCUGGAGCACGAGGACUCUGUGCGCCUCCUGCUGGAAAACGGAGCCAGCGUCAACCAGCGUGAUGCCAACGGGCGGACUUUGCUGGCCAGCGCUGCCCACAGCGGGAACUACGAGGUGGCGGGGCUGCUGCUGGCACGGGGGGCGCAGGCCGAGGUCCCGGAUCAGCACGGACAGACGCCCAUGACCCUGGCUGCGCGCCAGGGACACACCAAGGUGCUGCUUUGCUUGCUGGCCCAAGGAGCCAGCGUGGACCGCCCUGACCGUGAAGGCUGGACGGCGCUGCGGGCAGCGGCCUGGGGAGGCCACAGUGAGGCCGUCAGCAUCCUCUUGCGGGCUGGGGCAAAUGUGGACUGCUCCGAUGCAGAGGGGAGAACUGCGCUGCGGGCGGCUGCCUGGGGGGGGCACGAGGACAUUGUGGACACGCUGCUACAGCAUGGGGCUGACGUCAACCGGGCCGACACGGAGGGGCGCACUGCGCUCAUUGCAGCUGCCUAUAUGGGACACCGGGAGAUUGUGGCACUGCUGCUGGCUCACGGCGCUCAUGUGGACCACGCCGACAUGGAUGGGCGCACGGCACUCUCCGUGGCAGCCCUUUGUGUCCCAGCGAGCCGUGGCUAUGCCAAGGUGGUGGAGUUGCUGUUGGAACAUGGAGCCUCUCCAGGGCACGCAGACCGCGACGGUAUGACACCAUUGCUUGUAGCCGCUUACGAAGGCCACGCGGACGUGGUUGAAUUGCUGCUGGAAGCCGGGGCUGACGUGGAUGAGGCUGAUUCAGCCGGCUGCACCCCGCUCUUGGCCGCUGCUUCCAUGGGCCACAGGGCAGUAGUCGCGUCCUUGCUGCUUUGGGGUGCAGCUGUCGAUGUCCUGGACAGCGAAGGGCGGACUGUCCUGGGUGUGGCAGCCGGGCAGGGGAGUGAGGCCGUGGUCAGGGCUCUGCUGGAGCGAGGCCUUGACGAGAACCACCGCGACGGACUGGGCUGGACCCCCCUGCACCUGGCUGCUUGGCAGGGCCAUGCCAGGACCUGUGCUGUUCUCCUGGAGGCUGGCGCCCGACUGGCGGAGCCAAACCGCGACGGGCGGGUCCCGCUGAUGCUAGCUGCCCAGGAAGGGCACGUGGAUGUCGUGCAGCUGCUGCUCGAGCGCGGCUCCCCCAUCGAUCACACCGGCUAUGAUGGGCUCUCUGCUCUGACCUUGGCCAUGCUGGGAGGGCACCGCCCCACAGCUGAGCUGCUCCUGCGCAAGGGGGCGGACGUGAACUUGUGUGAUGCUGAGGGGCGCCCCAUGCUCUACCUCCUGGUGCUGGAGGGGCUCACGGAAAUGGCGGAGCUCCUGCUGGAGAACGGGGCCAGUCUCGAGGGACGGGACGCCCAGGGCCGGACCGCGCUGCACGUCACGUGCUGGCAGGGCCAGGAGGACGCCACACGGCUCCUCUUGAGCUACGGGGCAGACGUGGAAGCCAUGGAUGGGGAGUGCCGCUCCGUCCUGCACUUGGCCGCCUGGCAGGGCCACGCCCGCCUCACCCACCUCUUGCUGGAGAACGGGAUGCAGCCUGACCACGCCUGCAACCAAGGGGCCACCGCACUGGGCAUUGCGGCACAGGAGGGCCAAGCCGAGGUGGUACGAGUGCUGCUGGAACAUGGAGCAAACCCCGACAUCCGCGACAGGGCAGGGCGCACCCCCAUGCGCAUGGCAGCCAAGCAGGGCCACCAUGCUGUACUGCGGCUGCUGGAAAGCCACGGCGCUACCCCUGCGGCCACCUCCCCACAGCUGGGCUCCUCCAGCAGUUCCGCAAGCAGCCCGGCCCCCCCUGGCAAGCGGAGCAGCUCUCCCUCCGUGGACUCCGUGGACGAACGCUGCAAGUCCCGGGUGUCCCGCUGCUCCUCGGCAGCCACCACAUCCACUUUUCACUCACUGGCCACGGCCCAGACUGUGCCCGUCGACAGCCUCAGCUUUGCCCAGCAGAUACAGCAGCAUUCCCUGCCCCGCCGGCGCCAGGCUGCCGUCUCGGCCACACAUCGCUCUGCCGGUCAGGACAAGCACAGCAGAGGGCCUGGGGUCCCCCUCAUCUCCCUGGACUCUCUGGACCCUCAUCUGCACCUGAAGGCGGCCAUCAAACUACAGUUCGAGGGCCCCACGUGCGGCUACGAGUACAAGCAGGAGACCCCCCUCUGA